UGUGUCCGCAGCUUUGGUGGCUUCCGUUCCGCGAUCGGUGGGUACGUUCGUGGGAAUAUUUAAGUUUGUUUCAAACGCUUAUUUGCUCCCGGUGUCUUUGUGAAACAGUGCAUACCGUUUAAAUAUUGGUAAGCAGGUGUCUCAUUGACAAUAAAAGGUUGAUGUUUUGCUGAGAAUUAUGUCGGAUACUGAUGCAGGAUUACAAUCGGUCACACGUCAAGUCAGCUGACAUAUUGCGCUCCACUACACCGCAACAGCCUUCGCCGCUAUGCUGAUAUUACGUUUAAUUGCAAAGGAUAAUAGUGAAAAUUUCAUGAAAAUAAAAUAGACUGAAAGGAAAAUGAGAAUUUAAUGUCCAUUGCACGAAACAAAGGAUGUGCGACGCAAUUUGUGAGCUAAAUCGGUGGGUGAAAUAAAAUGAUUACGUGCUAAAACUCUCAGCAGAGUGCGCGGAGAUUCGCCAGGCGACUUACAACCGACAAUUUCUCGACGGACUCUUUUUUGUUACGAUAUUUAAGCACGAUACGGAUAUACGAAGCGUUUACUUAAAUGCUUGGAACAAACUUCUACUCCAUGUUGUACGUUUCUUGCAACACGACUACGUGUUGGAAAGUGACUACAUGGUGACACGCGGUCGUAAACGAGCGAUCGGCAAGAAAGCUGUGGCAGAAAACAGUUAGUUAUCCUGUGCCAAGCUGACUAUACCUAUUCACUGUUAAUAAAGACAGUGAUUUCAAAUAUCAUAGAAGAAAAGUCAAUUUUACUGGCACAGAAAUAUUGUAACAACAGGUCACAAUGGAACGUGAAUCUAAUCCAAUGCAAGCUUUGUGCCGCAGCGGUUGUGGAUUUUAUGGCUCGCCAGCCACUGAUGGACUUUGUUCUCUUUGCUACAAAGAAAAUUUAAAAAAGAAACAACAACCACCAGUAUCAGCUGCAACUUCACAGACCGUUUCUGGUAACGCUGGCACGUUGCAAAGCGGUUUUGGCAGUCCUGCAGUUACAGGGACUACAGCCCAACCUACCAUUCCUACUAUACCUCAAUCAACGACAGAUCUACCCAAUCCUAAAGAAGUUAGCAGGGAAGAUCAGGACAGUGAAGUAGGAGUAAGCGUUACAGUAGCUGAAGGUUCAGUGAGUAGUGGUGAUACAGAUGAGUGCUUCGAUGGCAAAGAGACUGAUAAAGAAUCUAAGAAGAAGAAAAAUCGUUGUGCUGUUUGUCGCAAAAAAGUUGGAUUAACUGGAUUUGAGUGUCGUUGCGGAGGACUAUUCUGCUCCGUGCAUCGAUACAGUGAUAAGCACGACUGCAAAUUUGAUUAUAGAGAAAUGGGCGCUCAAGAGAUACGGCGCAAUAAUCCAGUUGUUGUUGGUGAAAAAGUGCAAAAAAUUUGAACUAUUUAGUGUGUAGUCGUUGGGAAAAUGGUUAUAUAACUAUAUAAACAAACAGAAUAUAAAACCCAGAAGAAACAAGAUAAAUUAUCUGGCAGCUGAUUGUGUGUUUAGGAGUGAAAUAUACAUGCAGAAAAGUAUGAAUGACAAAGAGUGUAAGAGGUGCAAAAAAAUUAAUUUCAGAUAGAAAAUUGAAAGGGGGUAGAGAAAUAGAACAUCAGACAGCAAAUGAUUUGUUUGAUUGCCAAUUAGAAUGAGUGUGUGAGUGUGAAUGUUUCAAAAUUGGACAUCAGUGCCAUGUCAGAUUGUCAUCUAGCGAGAGUUCUAACUGAGAAUAUAUCUGGUUACUAACUGCUGCCAGCUUACUAUUACUAUUACCUAUUAUUAUCUUUAUGAUUAUUACAAUUUAUUAUUAUUCUAUAUUAUGUUUAUUAUUAAUUUACUUAAACGCAAAAAUUCGCGGAUAAAGUUUGUUUUUAAGAAGAUCCAGAAUUUUUGGUGCAGUCAGUCAGUCGGCAAACAAUUAAAAUUAUCUCGUUAGCAAUUUCAAUUUAAUCGCAAAUUUUAUAUAUUGCUGUUUUGUUUCUAUAUCAAGAAGGGAAUGUUGCUUAGAUAAUGGCUGAUAUUGAUGGGUGAUCACAAUCUUAGGUUAAUGAUUAGUCUAAUAAUUAUUAAGUAUAUUAGUCUAUUGAUUCAUAAAUAAUGCAAUGAAGUAUAAGUAGUAUUGUGUGUUUAUGUGCAACUUCACGUGAAUAUAACCAGCAUUAUUACUCAUUAAAUAUGUUUCAAUCUAUAAUGCAAAUCAAUUAUUUACACUGUCGCAGCAAUUCUUUUAAAGAAAAACCCUUCUAUGAAGAUAUUUAUUCCUAGUUUUUUCUCCGCGGGUAUUGAAACAUAGAGUAUAAAUAUUUAGCACUACUAAAACCAUUAAUUAGUUUUUUGUUUUUCUUUUAUUUCAUUUCUUCUUUUUUUUUUUUUUUUUUUUUUUUCUUUGUGAGUUUUAUAGAGUAGCUGUGCAAGGUAUUCCGGUGCUGCAUUACAGUGCUUGAAAACUGAGUAAUAACGUUUCUCUAGAUCCCAGAUAUUACAUUAAAAGAAAGAAUAGCUGGCAAAAAACACGAUCAGCAUUAGAAAAUGUAAAAGAUAUAUGAACAUUGUAGAGAAGGCUACUAUCACAUGGUGAUCACUGUGUAUGUUUCUAAAGGACUUUGUUAAAUCAUAAUUAAUCUUCGUCUUUACGUUAUCAUCCUAAAAUAUUGUUCUCAUUAUAAGAUUUAUGUUAAAAUGGUGCUACGAGACCGUUCUUUACUGUAUUUUUUUUUUUGCAAAAUCAACUGCAAUAUAAUGAAGGAAACUAUUAUGGACUUUGUGUUCGUAAUAUGUUAAUUCCUUAAAAAUAAAUUCAUAUGCAUCCAUCUUAAUACAAUGAAAUUAUGAAUAAUAAUUGCUGGAUUAAAUAAAAAAAAGGGAAGUAACUGAUACUUUUAUGUUAUCUAUAUCAUUUUGGGACAAAGCGUUGUCAAGACUGUGCUGCCAUAUAUAUAUACAUAUAUACGUACUUCUUUAUUAUAUAAUUAGAAUACUCUCAACGAAAGCAUUUUCUGAUUUGUUAUUAAUUCUAACGAGCUUUAAACAUUGGUAAAUAUUGCAAAGAAAGAGAACAAAUUAUUUUCCAUAAAUAUAUAAAUAUACAUAUAAUUUAUUUUCUUCUACAUUAGCAACGAAGAAAUUGUUUGCUUAAUGUUAUCUCAAAGAGAUUCUUGUUAAUAUAACUCUUAUAUAUAAUCAAUGAUUUUUAACAAUUUAUAAUUUAAAAUGAGAUCUCUUAUAUAUAUAUGUGUGGCUGUAAUGCAAAAUGACAUAAGUCACGUUAAAAAAAAAAAAAAAAAAUAAAUAAAUAAACUAAUACAUUAUAUAAUUUUUUUUAAUAUAUUCUUCAUGGGAUAAUAUUUCCAUAAUACCUGGUUAAGAUGAAUAAAAACGAUGUAAAAAAAAUAAGAAUGUGUAUUAAUGGUAUUAAUUUUAUAAUGGUUUCAUGAUGUGUUGACAUGGGGAAUAAUGAACACCUUAUAAUUUUAUAUUACCUUAUUGUAAAAAAGCUUGAAAUGAAAAUAAAAUCAAUUUUAAAUA